AUGAAAUUUACCCCAAAAUCAUAUGUCUCUUCUUUGCGUCAAACACCAUGGCUCCUGCUCCCUGGCAACCAAGAACAUCAUGCUCGUUGCUUCUUUAGCCUUGAGGACAAUAAAAUAUAUAAGAUGAAGAACAUUGGUAAUCUGUUCAGUAAUGAUGCUUGGUAUGUUGGGUCACCUCAUGGGUGGCUAGUGCUUUUGGAUGAUGAAGCAAAACCCUUCCUCCUCAACCCCUUUUCACAAGUUUGAAUUCAGCUGCCUAUAAUUGAGAGGUUCAUGUUUCAAGUUAAUAACUUGAGAAAGGUUUUUAUCACCAAAGCUAUCUUACUGUCAAAUCCAUCUCAUGAUAACAACUAUAUAGUUGUACUAAUUCUUGGUUACCUUUCAAGGCUUGCUUUCUAUAAGAAAGUAGAUUUAGGUUGGACUAUUCUCAGUGGUGCAUCUCAAGGCUACUGUGAUAUCAUAUACUAUAAUGAUCUUUUUUAUGCAUUAACGUGGGAUAGUUCCAUUGAAGUAUGGGACUUUCAUGCUUCUUUGUCAAUAAAGAAAAGGGAAAUCCACCCUUCAACCACAAGAGAAAUGUUGGAAGCUACAAAGUGUUUCAGAAAUUUACAUUCUUGCCAAACUUACUUGGUGGAAUCAUCUAGGUAUCUUUUACUGGUGCUAAGGUAUAUAGGGAAUUUUGUUAAUCAAGAAGGUAAAGUUGUUGAUGAAGCAUAUCUUCUGAGUGGUGACAGCACCCGGCCUUUGGUUUGCCCAUAUCAAACACUCAUGUUUCAUGUUUGCAAGUUGGAUUCCAGUAAUCAAAAAUGGGUGGGAGUAGACAAUUUGACAAAUAAGGUAUUGUUUCUAGGGGGAAACCAUUCAAUGUCACUUUCAGCUCAGUAUUGUUCAGGAUUUGAAAAGAAUUCUAUUUAUUUUACGGACGAUAAUUGGAAUCAGAUGAAUGAGGAUGACUUGUGUGGAGGCCAUGAUCUUGGCAAGUUCAGCUUGGAAGAAAAGAUUGUGAAACCAUUUUAUGCGUGUGAUUUAAGGAGGAUUGAUCCACCACCUUUUUGGAUAGUUCCAAAUCCAUGGUGA